AUGUUCGAAUACGGAUAUUUAAUAGGCAACGAUAAUAAUUCUAAACUCUUUACACCACACAAGCUGGAUAAGAUUAGUCUCAAAGCUACAAGAUUAAAAUUUGUAGUCGUUGGAACAAAAGAUCUAAUAUUUAACUGGAUGGAAUGUAAUGGAAGGGUUGCCUGUGAAUUCGAACAAAGAUUUCAUUACACGACACCAUUAUCAGACAAGAGAAUGCUUUCAUUUGAAUUAUAUGAUAUUGAUGAAAACCGCGAACGCCUUAAUGGUAUCAGAAAACUCAUCGGAAAGAAAAAGUCCACCAAAAUGAGGUUGGAAAUAAAUAUUACAAGUGAUAAUGAACCUUUACCGACACCAAAUCCAAAUUUAGAAGAAGUGGACUCGAAUUUAAUCAUGAGUUCUAAAGGAAUGAGCGGAGUAACAUUACAUCAAGUUCUAGAUGCGUGGAAAUUAACCUCUCAUUCAAAUACAAAAUCGACUCGCGAUUAUGAAUAA